GCUAUGGCGAUGUGCAAAGCGAAGUCGUAAAUACCGACCAUACACCCAGUGCUAGCGACAUACCAGGCACUCGAUGACUCAUUCCUCACUAAUGUCAAAAGCAACGGAAAUCCCAAUCGAAAUAUGGCAUGAAAUUCUGCGAUACUGUAGCCCAGAAGACGUAUUGAUGGUCGAACAGACAUGUCAUUUCUUCCGCGACCUCGUCUCAAGUCGUCUACUGUGGCUGAAGCUCCUACAAGAUCUCGACCAAGUACAUGCUCCUGACUUACCACCGCAUAUCCUCAUUGCUUCGCUACAAUAUCCCGAUCUGCGAAGCUUGGUUGUUCGAGCAAGGCGACGCGUUCUCAACUAUACCAGCACGUCUCCACUUCGGGUCUCGCGGAGAAUUGUCAUCCCUAUUGGUCAGAAGAACGUCAACGGAAUCUUAGGAGAACCAUCCGGCUGGGGAGCCGAUACGUUACUUCUGCCCGGAGGACAGUAUUUCCUUAUGAAAUGGCCGGCCGGAUACUUGCAAUUCUGGGAAGUAGAGACCGCGGAAUGCCUUUGGACCUAUCCUGACCUACCUCAAGAUCCACUCGAGCUGAACGACGAGGUCCCGUCAAAGCAUUGUUUCGCGUGUGAUGUACAAGCGAACGGCGACGUGCACUUUGUAGUGGUGAGCGAGACACCCAACAAUG